CCUCCUGUUACUCAUUCCCUGAUUGCUCCCUCUAUGUACUUAAACCCUGUGUUUCUCUGAGUCAGUGUCGUGUAGUCCCUCUUGCUGUGUCGAUCGCCCUCCACAGCAAAGAGAGGAGGACACCAGCCAUGAGACUGAAAGGAGCACAAGCUGCAUUCAUCUGUCUUCUCACUUUUUCAGCAGUACAGGGUCAGGAUGGUUGGUCAGUGACUUACACCUCUACUCAGAUUUGUGCCUUAAAAGGAUCAACAGUGGACAUACGCUGCACCUACACGUACCCAUCCAGAGUAAAUGGGAACGUGACUGUAGUUGAAAAAGCUUUAUGGUUUACUAAAAUGAAGGGUGAUGAACAUGUGGAUGUGAGGACAGAGGCAGAGUUUGCAGGUCGUGUUCAGUAUCACUGUGAUAACAAAGACUGCACUCUGAGAAUCACAGACCUGAGAGAGAGCGACUCAGCUGAGUACACGUUCAGAUUUGUGACAAACCACCCAGGAGGGAAAUAUGCUGGAUCACCUGGAGUCACUCUGUCUGUCACAGUUCUCCAGGCACAAGUGAUAAAAACUUGGCCAACCUUGUAUCCUACAUGGAAGAAGGUGACGUGUCAGAGCGGUUGUCGUCUACCUGAUCCUCAUUCAUAUGUCUGGUACCAGAACGAAGUGAAUAUUGACAGAAAGGAGUCUUCUUUUGAAAAAUACUUUGGUUAUACAGACAGCAUUUCCUGUGCUGUAAAAGGAUACGAGAAGCUUCCCUCUCCUUCAGUGUGUGUUGAUGAUCAAACCUGUAACAGAGUGUCUUACACCAGCAGAAGCAUCUGUGCCCUCAAAGGUUCAUCAGUGGACAUUUCUUGCAUCUACAGUCAUACACAUCCUGCUGUGUCCAAAUUCUGGUUCAGUCCUGAACGUAGUCAUCAGCAGCAGCAUCGCUCACACCCCGAGGACCUCAGAAAAGACUCCCACUAUGCAGGUCGUGUUGAGGUCAUUGAAACAGAGAGAGGACGCUCCACUCUGAGAAUCAGAGACCUGACAGAGAGGGAUUCAGCCGAGUAUCACUUUAAAUUCAAAACACAAAGCGUUGAAUGGAAGCGCAGUUUACCUGGAACAACUCUGACUGUAACAGCUCUGCAGGUGAAGGUGAGCAGAAUAAUAUCAGUCCAUCAGACUCAGACUGAGGCAGAGCUGAAGUGUGAAAGCAGCUGCAGUCCAGCUGGUCGUCUUUCUUACGUCUGGUUCAAGAACGGACAGAAAAACACGACACAGCAAACGUCUGCUUAUACAGACUACUUUAAUCCUGGAGACAACAUCUCCUGUGCUUUCUCAGGAUACGAGGAUUACCGCUCAGUGCAUGUUUUAAAGCUUCCCUCUGUGUCAGUGAGUCCCUCUGGUGAGAUAGUGGAGGGCAGUUCAGUCACUCUGAUGUGUCGUACACAUGCUGAUCCAGCAGCUAAGAACACUUUGUACAAAGGCAACCAAAUCUUGCCUCUAACACCAGAAGGUAUUUAUAAUUUCACCUCCAUCAGCUCUGAGGACAGAGGAAUCUAUGAGUGCAAGACUGAAGAUCAGCUCUCUGUGUCUUUGUUCAUAGAUGUCCAGUAUGCUCCAAAGCUUCCCUCUGUGUCAGUCAGUCCCUCUGGUGAGUUAGUGGAGGGCAGUUCAGUGACUCUGACUUGUAGCAGUGAUGCUAACCCAGCAGCUAAUUACACCUGGUACAAGGAGGAUGAUAACUCAGCAAAAGCAUCUGGACAGAACUUCAUCAUCACUGAUGUCAGACCUGAACACAGUGGGAGUUAUUACUGUGAAGCCCAGAACACAAGAGGACGUCACAACUCCACCUCCCAUCAUCUCACUGUUGUGACAGGGAAAUCAAUAAUAGUACAGAAUAUUAUCAGAUUAACUUCGGUGGUGCUGAUGCUGAUUCCUCUGCUUCUUGUGAUUUUGUGGAUGAGGAAGAAGAAACCUUUGAGCUCUACAGCUGAAUCAAAUGAACUUAUGGAGACAAUGGAGGUGAGAGUGAGAUAGAGACAGGGUCAGAAUUGAACUGAUGUUGUUGAAACAUCUUGUCUAAUCAAUUCAGAUUCUGUUUAAUAUACUAUCAUUAUCCAUGCAAUUGUAAAUAU